CGUCGAUGAGCUUCAACCCAGCCCGCGAUAUCUCUUUCGCCAGCCGCUUGCGCUGCAAUGGUUUGAGAAUGGGAAAUUAGUGAAGCGACAUGAAGAAGAACGCCAGGCAGGACGCUUCGAACUCUUCCUAGACCUUCUAUAUGUCGCGAUCUUGGCCAAUUUCGCCGAGACUCUAGCUGAGGAUAUCUCGGGUGCGAAAUUAGUCAAAUAUAUUCUCAUACUCGCGCCCACCUGGCAUGUUUGGGCUGACCUCCGGGAACUGAUGAACUCUUUCUAUAAUGACGAUCUGCUACAGCGUGUGCUGAUCCUCUGGGUUAUGGCUGUCCUUGUUAUGUAUGGUAAUAACGCAUCCCUUGUGGAUGAGGAUAUCAGCGCAAUGCGGGCCACCAUCGGCUGCUACAUGGUUGCACGCAUCUCAUGCAGCGCGGCGCAUCUGCUAUACUCUUUCGCCAGUUAUCAUCAUCGAAAGCAGCAGCGGCUCUGGGUUGCGCUUACAGUGCUUUCGAUGUUCAUAUAUAUCCCACUGUACUUCGAAUCCGUAUCGUUGCGUGGCAAAAUUGCAGCGGCCGCUGUUGGCGUCAUUUUUGAGGAGUGCAGUUGGAUCUUCUGCUACUCACCGGCAGCCAAGAGGAUGCUGAAUGCCAAGUAUACAACUGCUGUUGAUAUCGCACAUGAGGUCGAUCGAUACGCCGCCUUUUAUAUUAUUGUGCUCGGAGAAUAUUUAUACCAAAUUGUUGUCGGCUCUCCUGCGGCUGUGGGUUUCAAUCUUAGCUUGCUCCAUGCAGUCUGGGUCUUAAUCAUCGCCUUCUGCCUGAACUGGAUGUAUGCUCACAACGACGGCGCGCUGCAGAGCACUCACCCUUUCCGCUAUUCAGUAUACACGGCAUUUGGAUGGGCUACGCUCCAUUUGCCUCUUGUCGCAAGCCUGCUAGCAAGCGGACACGUUGCCGCUGCAAGUGCAGCAGAGGACCGGUUCCAAGAUCCCGAGCGUUGGCUACUUUGCGGUAGCCUCGGGACUGGGUUGUAUUGCUUAUAUGGCUUAGCAUUACUAUAUGAAGAUAGGGAUGAGCCAGGAACGUUGAUGUUGUCCAAGCAUCUUCGCAUGAUCAUGCGGCCUAUCACUGGACUGAUCAUAAUCCUUCUCGGCCUGACUAAAGACCUCGAUAUUACCUCGAUUAUGUCGAUUAUCAUGGCACUGAUAGUGUUUUGUUUGAUCUGGGAGAACGUCACCUCUUUACACUGCCACGCCGGGAUCUGGGAGUCCUGGACCAACACGAAGUACCCUGAACAGAGAAUAGCUUCCGACAACAUGAACGAGCCUGUGACCAGGGAUGAGUCAUCUGACUCUGCAAGGGCAUGACAGUUGCAUGUUACACGUCCUACCUAGAUUGACAGUGGGAUAUCGUGCAACCACCGCCUCUCAGCCACUAAUUGCAGGGAAUAUCACGGUACAUGUGCGCUACCUAUCCUAGUCAGGGUAACCGCAAUGGAUCAUCUAUGCUACAGCAACUACUCUUCCCUGCUACAGUAUAUACACGCCCAUAUCAACGCCCUGUCCUGUGGAAACGUCUUGGUCACUACUGCAAGCAGAUAUAAUAACUAAUAUAUACAAGGACUAGCUCUCGUGGAGUUUCUCAUUCAUGUGAUGGUUUAUGUGUCUAUAUAUGUACUUUUAUUGAUCCAUGGCCUAAAUUCCGAUUUGGAAAAAGGAAGUCUUCUGCAGCUUUGUUCCUGGCCUUCAAAACACCUCCCACAAUGGUCUUGAGUCUAAUGUAUUUCGUUAAAGCUAAUGAAAAAA